GGAAGAGUGUGGCAGGAUCACGAGGAGCCGGAGGCUGGAGCAGCCGAUCCCACGACGGCGCCCUGCGCACCCCGUGGCCGCCGCUCGACUUCCGCGGGGCUCCGACGAGCCCAGACCGCCGCCUCUGCCCUCUGGCGGCGCGGCCCACAUGGCGGGGGCGGCGCAGAGGCCCCUGCCCUUCGCGCACCCGGCGGACGUCGUGCGCGCCCACCACAAGGACGAGCACUGCCGGGGGCUGCUGCGCCAGUGCCUGUCCGAGGCUCUCCUCGAGAGGAGGUGCUCGGCCACCGGCGCGCGGUGCCCUGGCAGCCCCUGGCCGCCCUCGCCAGCGACGGCGUCUACCUGGUCGCCACGGCGGUCCUGAGCGGCAGCACGCUGGGCGAAGAGUACUGCGAGCUCGUGGCGGUGACGCCCGCCCUGCGGCGGGCCUCCCGCGCUCGCCGCCUCGCCGCCGCGGGGCUGCUGCUCCUGGCGCCCGCUGCCCUGCAGCAGCUCACGGCCGGCAGCGGGCCGCCGCGCGGCGGCGGCGCCUCGCCCUGCGGCCGCCUGCGGAGGGCCCUGGCGAGCCUGGUGGCCCGGGUUUUUUGUUCCUCGGACCUCGCCGCGUUCUACGUCUUCGGCGCCUUCCGGCACCUGUCGGAUCGGUGCACGGGCAUCCGCGCGCUGAGCCUGGCGGAGCGCCCGCACCGCAGCUUCAGCUACAGGCCCAUCGGAUUCGUGCUCUUCGCCCAGAUCCUGAGCCAGGCCUGUGCCGCCGUGCUGCAGUGGCGGAGAGGUCGGGGCGGCGCCACCGACUCGGACGCCAAGGCUGUUGCCAGAGUCGCGGCGUUCGUGUCGGAGCACUCGAGCACCAUCCCCUGCCCCGCGAAUCCGAAGAGGCAGCCGACGUGCAACGUCUGCUUCUGCCCAGCGGAGCACGCCACAGCGACUGUCUGCGGGCAUAUCUUCUGCUGGGACUGCAUCGCCAACUGGUGCGUCAUCAAGGCGUCCUGCCCCCUCUGCCGCGCGGCGGUGCUUCCCCAGCAGCUGCUCCCGCUGAGCCACUACGAAGCGCCCCCGCGGGGCAAGGCGCGCGAGGCGGCGUGGCCAGACUGAGCAGCGCAGCCGCGAGGGGAAGCAACGAACAUUGGAAGGAGAAACAACUGCAUA